GGCUCGCGCGCUGCUGCCGCUGCCGCCGCCGCUCCGGCCCGAGUCUCGGCCGCGGCCGCCCCCCGCCCCCCAGCCCGCACCCCCGGCCCAGCCCGGCCCGGGCGGCGGCUCGCAGACGAGGCGGGAGGGCGCAGGGUGGGGGACACCAUGGCCGACGUCUACUCGGCCAACGACUCGGCGUCCACCCUGGACGUGGCCAACCGCUUCGCCCGCAAAGGGGCGCUGAGGCAGAAGAACGUGCACGAGGUGAAGGACCACAAAUUCAUCGCCCGCUUCUUCAAGCAGCCCACCUUCUGCAGCCACUGCACCGACUUCAUCUGGGGGUUUGGGAAACAAGGCUUCCAGUGCCAAGUUUGCUGUUUUGUGGUUCACAAGAGGUGCCAUGAAUUUGUCACCUUUUCUUGUCCUGGUGCGGAUAAAGGUCCCGACACUGACGACCCCAGGAGCAAGCACAAGUUUAAAAUCCACACUUACGGAAGCCCCACCUUCUGCGAUCACUGCGGGUCACUGCUGUACGGACUCAUCCACCAAGGGAUGAAAUGUGACACCUGCGACAUGAACGUCCACAAACAGUGCGUGAUAAACGUCCCGAGCCUGUGUGGCAUGGACCACACCGAGAAGAGGGGCCGAAUCUACUUGAAGGCCGAGGUCACUGAAGAAAAGCUCCACGUCACGGUACGAGAUGCAAAAAAUCUAAUUCCUAUGGAUCCCAAUGGGCUUUCAGAUCCUUAUGUGAAGCUGAAGCUUAUCCCUGAUCCCAAGAACGAAAGCAAACAGAAAACCAAAACCAUCCGCUCCACACUCAACCCGCAGUGGAAUGAGUCCUUCACAUUCAAACUGAAGCCUUCAGAUAAGGACCGACGGCUGUCUGUAGAAAUCUGGGACUGGGACCGCACAACCAGGAACGACUUCAUGGGCUCCCUGUCCUUUGGGGUCUCCGAGCUGAUGAAGAUGCCAGCCAGCGGAUGGUACAAGUUGCUUAACCAAGAGGAAGGCGAGUAUUACAACGUGCCUAUUCCAGAAGGGGACGAGGAGGGCAACGCGGAGCUCCGGCAGAAAUUCGAGAAAGCCAAGCUCGGCCCUGCUGGCAACAAGGUAAUCACUCCUUCGGAAGACCGGAGACAACCUUCCAACAACCUUGACAGAGUGAAGCUCACCGACUUCAAUUUCCUCAUGGUGCUGGGGAAGGGGAGCUUUGGAAAGGUGAUGCUCGCCGACAGGAAGGGCACAGAAGAGCUAUACGCCAUCAAGAUCCUGAAGAAGGACGUGGUGAUUCAAGAUGACGACGUGGAGUGCACCAUGGUGGAGAAGCGUGUCCUGGCCCUGCUGGACAAACCCCCCUUCUUGACUCAGCUCCACUCCUGCUUCCAGACCGUGGACCGGCUGUACUUUGUCAUGGAGUACGUCAAUGGCGGUGACCUCAUGUACCACAUCCAGCAGGUCGGCAAGUUCAAGGAGCCGCAAGCAGUGUUCUACGCGGCAGAGAUCUCUAUCGGCCUGUUCUUUCUGCAUAAGCGAGGAAUCAUCUACAGGGACCUGAAGCUGGACAAUGUCAUGCUGGACUCAGAAGGCCAUAUCAAGAUCGCCGACUUUGGGAUGUGCAAGGAGCACAUGAUGGAUGGAGUCACGACCAGGACCUUCUGUGGAACCCCGGACUACAUCGCCCCUGAGAUCAUCGCCUAUCAACCUUAUGGAAAAUCUGUGGACUGGUGGGCCUAUGGAGUCCUCUUAUACGAGAUGCUGGCUGGGCAGCCUCCAUUCGACGGUGAAGACGAGGAUGAGCUGUUCCAGUCCAUCAUGGAGCACAAUGUCUCUUACUCCAAGUCUCUGUCCAAGGAGGCUGUGUCCAUCUGCAAAGGACUGAUGACCAAACACCCCGGCAAGCGGCUGGGCUGUGGGCCCGAGGGGGAGAGGGACGUGCGAGAACACGCCUUCUUCCGGAGGAUCGACUGGGAGAAGCUGGAGAACAGGGAGAUCCAGCCGCCCUUCAAGCCCAAAGUGACUUUCUGUACCAAAGUGCACUGGCUUCAGUGGGCAUCCAGGCCAUCGUGCGGCAAAGGAGCAGAAAACUUCGACAAGUUCUUCACGCGAGGACAGCCCGUCCUGACGCCGCCUGACCAGCUGGUCAUCGCUAACAUCGACCAGUCCGAUUUCGAAGGGUUCUCGUACGUCAACCCCCAGUUCAUGCACCCCGUCUCCCAGAGCUCAGUAUGAAGCACACCGCAGAGCACAGACACCUCCCCAAGGCCCCAGCCCUCCUUCAGCCGUGGGAAACGAUCCUCAACCCUAAAAUUGUAAGGCCUUGGCCUUGUUUCUUGUUCCAGAUUGGAGGCCUGAAAAUUGUAGGGUUAUUAUUAGUCCAAACUUGAGCCACCGCCCUGAGUGUCUCUCAGCGAUCAAGACCAUUCUCCUAGCGGGAGAUGAAACCACA